GAAGAAGCAAAUAGCAAAGGUUUCUUCUUCCUUAAACCCUAAACAGGCUUUACUAUGUCACUCUCUCUAUGUUUAUAGAUCUCUGUCUGUACAAAAUUCAAAUGCACUGAGGUUUGACCUUGUCCGACCUUUCUUUACAAACCCUUUUCAGCGAUUCCAACAUCCAUGGCUCACAUUUCUGUAUCUAAACUUCACUUCACCCAUUACAGGGUUCUUUCCAGUUCUUCAAUUUCGAAACCAACUGCUCUCAAUUCACUUCAUUUCUUUAGCUCCACUCAAGAACCCAUCUCCCCGGCUACUCAAAAUGAAAGCCCCAAUGAUCCACCCGCCAGUUCUAAUGCGGCACUGCCUCAGACAGCGGAAUCUGCGGCUGUCAAUGGCGUCCAGCAAGUUAAGGGAAGAAUCCCUAGAGGUAGGCCUCGUAACACUGAAAAGUUAGAAGAUCUUAUUUGUAGAAUGAUGGCAAGUCGUGAAUGGACUACGCGUUUACAGAACUCGAUUCGUUCGUUGGUUCCUCAAUUUGAUCACUGCCUUGUUUAUAAUGUGUUACAUGCUGCUAAGAAGUCGGAACAUGCCCUCAAUUUCUUCCGGUGGGUGGAGCGAGCUGGAUUAUUUCAGCAUGAUCGCGAAACCCAUUUGAAAAUAAUUGAGAUUCUGGGUGGGGCUUCAAAGCUUAAUCAUGCCCGUUGUAUACUUCUUGAUAUGCCCAAUAAGGGGGUUGAAUGGGAUGAAGACUUAUUCGUUGUAUUGAUUGAUAGCUAUGGUAAAGCUGGGAUAGUUCAGGAGGCUGUGAAAAUUUUUCGAAAGAUGAAAGAAUUGGGUGUUGAGAGGAGUAAUAAAUCUUAUGAUGCUUUGUUUAAGGUGAUUUUGAGGAGGGGGCGGUAUAUGAUGGCCAAGAGGUACUUUAAUGCUAUGUUGAAUGAAGGAUUAGAACCGACUCGCCAUACCUAUAAUGUGAUGCUUUGGGGUUUCUUUUUGUCGUUGAGGCUUGAGACAGCCAAGAGGUUUUAUGAAGACAUGAAGAGUAGAGGUAUUUCGCCCGAUGUUGUUACAUAUAACACUAUGAUUAAUGGAUAUUGUCGGUUCAAAAUGAUGGAGGAGGCAGAGCAAUUCUUUACUGAGAUGAAGGGUAAGAAUAUUGCACCAACAGUGAUAAGCUAUACCACUAUGAUCAAAGGUUAUGUCUCCGUUGGUCGAGUAGAUGAUGGAUUGAGAUUGUUUGAAGAGAUGAAGGCUGCUGGUGAGAAGCCGAAUGAUAUUACUUAUUCGACUCUCCUGCCUGGUCUUUGUGAUGCAGAGAAAUUGCCUGAAGCUCGAAAAAUUUUGACAGAAAUGGUGGCUAGGUAUAUUGCUCCGAAGGACAAUUCAAUUUUCAUGAGGUUGUUAUCUUGCCAGUGCAAGCAUGGUGAUUUGGAUGCUGCUAUGCAUGUGCUGAAAGCAAUGCUUCGACUAAGCAUUCCAACUGAGGCUGGACAUUACGGUAUUCUGAUUGAGAACUGUUGCAAAGCUGGGAUGUAUGAUAAGGCAGUUAAGUUGCUUGACCAGCUUGUAGAAAAAGAAAUCAUAUUGAAGCCACAAAGUACUUUGGAAAUGGAGGCUAGUGCAUAUAAUCUUAUAAUUCAGUACCUGUGCAACCACGGGCAGACUGGAAAAGCUGAAAUAUUUUUCCGACAGUUGUUGAAGAAGGGUAUUCAGGAUGAGGUUGCGUUUAACAAUUUAAUCCGUGGCCAUGCCAAAGAAGGGAAUCCUGAAUUUGCAUUUGAAAUGUUGAAAAUCAUGGGUAGGAGAGGUGUGUCAAGGGACGCAGAAUCUUACAAGUUGCUAAUCAAGAGUUACUUGAGUAAAGGUGAACCAGCUGAUGCUAAAACAGCUUUGGAUAGCAUGAUUGAAAAUGGGCACUCUCCUGACUCGGCAUUGUUUAGAUCAGUGAUGGAAAGUCUAUUUGCAGACGGGAGGGUGCAGACUGCAAGCCGAGUGAUGAAUAGUAUGUUGGAUAAAGGAAUAACAGAAAACUUAGACUUGGUUGCCAAAAUCCUUGAAGCCCUUUUCAUGAGAGGUCAUGAUGAAGAAGGGUUGGGACGAAUCAAUUUGCUAAUGAAUUGCAAUUGCCCACCUGAUUUUGACAGUCUUUUAUCUGUUCUUUGUGAAAAGGGGAAGACAAUUGCUGCCUUCAAGCUUUUAAAUUUUGGAUUGGAAAGAGAAUGCAACAUACAGUUCUCGAGUUAUGAGAAGGUACUAGAUGCUCUGAUGGGAGCAGGAAAGACGCUUAACGCAUACGCAAUUCUAUGCAAGAUAAUGGAGAAAGGAGGGGCCAAGGAUUGGAGCAGCUGUGAUGAUUUGAUCAAAACCCUGAAUCAAGAAGGGAACACAAAGCAAGCGGACAUUCUCUCAAGAAUGGUAAAGGGUGGAGACAGAAAACGGAGUAAGAAAUCUUCUCUAGCUGCUUGACUAAUCAAUUCCUCCCCUGUUUUUCCACCAUUUUCUCCUUUGAAAUGAUAUUUCAUGCUCCAAGCCCUGAAUAACACUUGGGUUGUUAUUUGAUCCAAUAUACUCAAAUUGUAGCUUUAAUUUUUGUAGUGUUAUUUUUUUUUCCUCCC